CUCUUACUUCCCCCGACACCGGAGACAUAUACUCACCCAGAGAGCCAGGGAAAGGAAGAUAACGCCUCCCCCGACAUCCCUUUCCCACCCUCAGCCCCCGCCAUGGCCGAGGCCACGGCUGGGCUGAGCGAGACCGUCACCGAGACAUCGAUUACCGUGACAACCGAACCCGAAAACUGUAGCCUAACUAUUAAACUUCGGAAACGAAAGCCAGACAAGAAGGUGGAAUGGUCAAGUGAUACUGUGGACAAUGAACAUUUAGGACGCCGUUCAUCAAAAUGUUGCUGUAUCUACGAAAAGCCUCGGGCCUUUGGUGAGAGCUCCACAGAGAGCGAUGAUGAAGAUGAUGAAGACUGUGGUCACACUCACUGUUUUCGGGGCCACCGAAAGGGACAGCGUCGUGCUGCCACUGGCCCUCCUCCAACCACUCUUUCCCACCUCCCUAAUCCCUCCCAACCCCCACCUGGGCCCAUGCAGCACUGA